GUUUUCUCCAAAAUCUUCAGUCACGAGGCAUUGGAGAGCUAUCUCCCCAAGAUCCAGCUGGUGAUCAAAGACACUCUUCGGGCCUGGAGCAGCAACCCUGAGUCCAUCAACGUCUACCACGAGACCCAGAAGCUCACCUUCCGUAUGGCCAUCCGUGUCCUGCUGGGCUUCCGCAUCCCCGAUGAGGAACUCAGCCGCCUCUUUGAGGUCUACCAGCAGUUUGUGGAGAACGUCUUCUCCUUGCCCAUGGAUCUGCCCUUCAGCGGCUACAGGAGGGGCAUCCGAGCACGCGAGACGCUGCAGAAGGGGCUGGAGAAAGCCAUCCAGGAGAAACUGCAGAACACGCAGGGUAAGGACUACGCCGAUGCGCUGGACAUCCUGAUAGAGAGCGGCAAGGAGCACGGCAAGGAGCUAACCAUGCAGGAGCUGAAGGAUGGCACCCUGGAGCUCAUCUUCGCUGCCUACGCCACCACCGCCAGUGCCAGCACCUCCCUGAUCAUGCAGCUCCUCAAACACCCCCGGGUCCUGGAGAAGCUGCGGGAGGAGCUGCGCAGCAAGGGCAUCCUCCACAACGGCUACAACAUCAACAGCCUCCACUACCUGGACUGUGUCAUCAAGGAGGUGCUUCGCCUCUUCACCCCCAUCUCCGGGGGGUACCGGACAGUCCUGCAAACCUUCGAGCUGGAU